AUGGAUGUGGAAGAAAUCAAAAAGGAAAUUGUAAAAGUUUUAGAUCUGAAUGGUAUACAUCAAAUCCCUGCAUAUCUUCUCCUCUUUGUGCCGCUCCUGCAAGAGUUGCUUGCAGAGCUGUCCACGGUGGCCCAGAAGUCACGGGUCCUGCAGCUGGAAGAGGAGCUCACCCUGAAACGCCGCGAGAUGGAAGAACUUCAGCAGUGCUUGCUGCACCCGGGCCCCCCGCCCCCCGACCACCCCGAGGCCGCCGAGACCCUGCGGCUCCGAGAGCGUCUUCUGUCGGCCAGCAGGGAGCACCAGCGCGACUGCAGCCCUCGGGAGAAGCACGAGGUGGCCCUGAAGGCCUACCAGGCCGAGGCAGACAAGCUCCGCGCCGCCAACGACAGGUACGCGCGGGAGGUGGCUGACCUCAAAGCCAAGGUCCAGCAGGCCACCAGCGAGAACAUGGGGCUGUUGGACAACUGGAAAAUGAAACUUGACUCUUUGGCUUCUGACCACCAGAAGUCCCUGGGGGACGUCAAGACUACGCUGAACUCAGGCCCUGGGGCCCAGCAGAAGGAGAUCGGGGAACUUAAGGCACUCCUGGAUGGCAUCAAGAUGGAGCACCAGCUGGAGCUGGGCAACCUGCAAGCCAAGCACAACCUGGAGACGGCCAUGCACGGGAAGGAGAAGGAGGGCCUGCGGCAGAAGCUGCAGGAGUCCCGGGACGAACUGGCCGGCCUGCAGCAGCACUGGCGGGCCCAGCUGGAGGCGCAGGCCAGCCAGCACCGGCUCGAUCUGCAGGAAGCCCAGGACCAGUGCCGCGACGCCCAGCUGCGCGUGCAGGAGCUGGGGGGACUCGACGGCGAGUACCGCGGCCAGGCGCAGGCCAUCGAGUUCCUCAAGGAGCAGAUCUCGCUGGCUGAGAAGAUGAUGCUGGACUAUGAGCUCUUACAGCGGGCUGAGGCCCAGAGCAGGCAGGAGGCUGAGCUACUCCGGGAGAAGCUUCUGGUUGCUGAGAACAGACUCCAGGCGGUUGAAUCCUUGUGUUCUGCCCAGCAUAGCCACGGAGGCACCACUCGUCAUCAUGUGAUCGACUCCAAUUAUAUUUCUGAGGAAACAAUCCAGAUGAAGGAGACCAUAGAGGGCCUGCAGGACAAGCUCAACAAGAGGGGCAAAGAGGUGGCAGCCUUGGUGUCCCAGAUCGAGAUGCUCAGGGCCCAAGUAAGUGCCCUGGAGAACAAGUGUAAGUCAGGAGAGAAGAAGGUGGACUCCCUUCUGAAGGAGAAGAGAGGUCUGGAGGCGGAGCUGGAGACUGAGUCACCGAAGACCCAUAAUGCCUCAGGCCAGCUGGUCCACAUCAGCCAAGAACUGCUGAGGAAGGAACGGAGUCUGAACGAGCCACGGGUGCUGCUGUUAGAGGCCAAUCGCCUCCCCGGGCCUGAGAGGGACCUGAGCCGCGAGGUACACAAGGCCGAAUGGCGGAUGAAAGAGCAGAAACUCAAGGACGACAUCCGGGGCCUGCGUGAAAAGCUGACGGGGCUGGAUAAGGAGAAGUCGCUAUCGGAGCGGCGGCGGUACUCCCUCAUCGACCCGGCCUCUGCCCCGGAGCUGCUCCGGCUGCAGCAUCAGCUGGCCAGCACCGAAGACGCGCUACGGGACGCCCUGGACCAGGGUCAGCAGGUGGAGAGUCUCGUGGAGGCCCUAAGGGGAUGCUCCGACCCGGCCCAGGUAAACCUCGGUAGUUCCGGUUCUGCCGACGGUAUCCACCACCCGGAUAAAGCCCACAAACAGGAGACAUUAAAUGAAAACAAUGCAAGACGUGCCAAUGGUUCCAAACGGGCCUAA